GUCUGCAAGACGCUCGGCGCUUGCAGUAGCUCGCAGGAUGGGCGACGGGAUGCGCUGAGCGGAAGGGCGAGAGGGUACGGCUUUGGAACAGCACCGAAGCGCGCACUUGUACAUAAAACGUUUUCAGUUUCUUCACCUUAGUUAUGUUAGGAAUCUGCCGGAACACGUCUUGAAUUUGCACCCGAAGGGAUGUUGUUCGCUUUAGCUUAGUUUUCUUGUCUUUUCUUUACCUUUCUUUUUUUUUUUUUUCCCUCAAAGGACUUAAUAUCUAUUCCUCGAGGAUUUUUCUCCGUGCUACCUGGAAUGGACAACUUUGCCAGUAUGUCUCGUUGGAUUAUGGUUUGUACCCGCAAGGCUUAUGGAAUAUAGUCUGAUUUGUCACAAUCUAUAUGCGUUCUCAUACAGCCCCGUGAAAAAGAAACUCUUACUUCUGUGCAUCAUGUUUCUGUUGUGGGUAUAUAUGCUAUAUUCCUGCGUGGGUUACUGUACUACUAUGCCAAGUUUAGUAGUGGACACUUAUCGGGGAAAAGAGACGGAGUCCGCCGGUAAACGGACAGCGAGCGGCAGGGCAGAGCUGAUGUCCAAGCUUCUGCCCAGACCCCAAAGCUGGGUGGAUUUAGAAUCCGAUUACGAUGAACCUUCCGUCAGGACGGCUUCUAGAGACUUGCUAAAUAACGAGAUUGAAGUGGACAGAGCCGACGACUGGGACGAAAUUAGGGGCGAGCAGAGAUCCCCUGAGCCAAGUGCCAUGUCAAGUUUCUCCAAUGGAUCGGGCAGCAAGAAGCUGCCCCAGGCGAUCAUCAUCGGGGUGAAGAAGGGAGGUACGCGCGCGCUGCUCGAGUUUCUUCGCGUGCAUCCAGACAUCAGGGCCGUGGGAGCUGAGCCGCACUUCUUCGACAGGAACUACGACAACGGACUGGAUUGGUACAGGGACCUGAUGCCCAAAACCCUGGAGGGUCAGAUCACCAUGGAGAAGACCCCCAGCUACUUUGUGACCAAGGAGGCGCCGGCCCGCAUCUACGCCAUGUCCCGGGACACCAAGCUCAUCGUGGUGGUGCGGGACCCCGUCACCAGGGCCGUCUCCGACUACACCCAGACGCUGUCCAAAAAGCCCGACAUCCCCACCUUCGAGAGCCUGACCUUCAAAAACAGGACUACGGGUCUGAUCGACACGUCCUGGAGCGCCGUCCAGAUCGGCAUCUACGCCAAGCACCUGGACAACUGGCUGCAGUUCUUCCCCAUGCGGCAGAUCCUGUUCGUGAGCGGCGAGCGGCUCAUCAGCGACCCGGCGGGGGAGCUGGGCCGCGUGCAGGACUUCCUGGGGCUCAAGAGGAUCAUCACCGACAAACACUUCUACUUCAACCAGACCAAGGGCUUCCCCUGCCUGAAGAAGGCCGAGGGCAGCAGCAAGCCCCACUGCCUGGGCAAAACCAAAGGCCGCACGCACCCCAACAUCCACCCAGAGGUGCUGCAGAGACUCAGGGACUUCUACAGGCCCUUCAACAUGAAGUUCUACCAGAUGACGGGACACAACUUCGGUUGGGAUUGAAACGAAAGAAAAAAAUAAUAGUAAUAAUAAGAGGACACAUUGUUUGUUUGAGUUUUUUCUGUAAUUCUGGCAAAAUACAUGGAGAUAUUUGCUAUAUAUAUGUAAAAUGUACAGAAAUCUAUUUUAUGAUAAUUUAUUUUUAAUUUCUAAGCAAUUAAUUCACUAAGCUGCCUAACCAUAUUUUGUACAUAACAGCCGGCCCGCAUAGUUUUGUUUUCUCUUCUUUGUUUGGCUUUCUUUCUUCUUUUUUUUUGACAUUCCGCUCUUUCGUUUAAUUCUCCUCCCUGGCGAUCCUGUCGACUCGUUUGAGUUAAUGGUGCUUCCAAAUGCGGGGACUCUGUGGAGUCUCAGGGUGAGGAAAUCCCCGGUGGGGGGGGGGGCAUGUUUUUAAUGAGGAGGGAAAGAAAAGCACUGUGUUACGGGUAUGGAGCUUUCACAGCCCAGUGAAAAUGAAACAUAAAAUACAAACAAACAACAAAAAAACCAACUCAGCAUGCAUUCUUUACAUUUUUUUUUAAUGCCUCACAAUUUCUCUUAAACCCUUGGCAAUCAUUCGCCAUGACUUGUUUUCUUUUUUUUUUUUGGUUCACCUUGGUAUUUAAAACUCUUGGUAUUUAAACCCUGUUCAGAGCUUUGUUCUGGAGGUUGGCGGCCGCAUCGUCAUGGUGACGGGACUGCGUUUGACUGCAGGUGCCCCAUCGCUCAGAAUUCACUUUUGCCUGACCCCACACGGCACCGGGACCACUUAGCCAGGCCGUUACGAGUCCCAGCUGAUCCCCCCCCCCCAAACCCCUCCCCCCCUCCCCUCUUAAUAACGGCUAGAUCAAUAGACUAAUCGCUACUCAUUGUGUCACUUCAGCUUAAAGAAUAACUCCACUUGCCCCCCUGUACCACGUCUAUGGUCCUUUUUAAUGAAUGGGAGAUAUAUCAGUGGCCAAAUCACAUCUAUGGUGGCAGUUGGGGCUUCAUGUUGACAUAAUGCUAAUCGUAUAAUGUAACCUCACGGAUCGAUGCCCCCGGCCUGGCCCCCCGAUCCUCUGGCCCAUUAGAAAAGGGCAUAGCUCAGGGCCAGCCCCCCAGUCACCCAGGGGUGAAAGGUCAAGUAAGGUCUUUCAGUGAAUGUCCGUGGACUCCUCCAUCCCUCUCCAUAUCCUGAAAUUCAGAUUUUAAAAGACGUAUUUGUGUUUUUGUUUUGGUUGAAAGCACCUCUAAGCCUUGACCGCGUGGUCUGAUGGGAUGUUUGGUCUACAUGGGGUUCUCAUUGCUUCCUUGGGCUCAGAGCCACACCUAUCGUGGGGCGAGCGAAGGCUCUGAUUGGCUGAAGCUAUGCGGCCGUGUGACUGGCGGGCCCCUCGUUACCUGCGAAUGAAAGACAGACGUUUCUGGAGUGCGUGUGCGAGAGCGACAGAUAAGCGUGUGGACCGUGUGAGCGGGACACUUCUGCUGCCUUCUCUUUGCUCAAAACCCCCAAACCCAAAUCUCUCCACCAUCCCAUCAUACCCCGUCUCCUGUCGCCGUGGUUUUCUUUAUUUCUCAAACUGUGGUUGCUGCCAAAUUUGAAAUCUGUCAGUCUAAAGGAACCCAAAAGCUCUUGAGGAAUACCAAGCUUGUGUAACUGGCCUCAUUUUGUUUGAUUCAGCUUCUUUUUCCCCGUACGGCUGUGUUUGUUUGUUGUUGUUUCGUCGUUCUACUUGAAUCCUGUAUAUGCAAGAGGGAGAAGCGCCUGCUUGUACUCGUUCAGAGAUGGAGUCUCUUCCGUAGCAUCCAGCCUUUGGUGCGAGAGAAAAGAGCGAAAGAGAAAGGGGAGAGAGAGAGAGAGAGAGUGUGCCGUGGGGAAACAGAAAUAGAGAGAGACUGUUAGUAAUGUAAUGUAGCGUGUGUGUGUGUGUGUGUGUGUGUACGUGAGAGAGAGUGCGUGUCUGAGCGAGACAGAGAGAGAAAGAAAGUGUGACAGACAGGGAUGGAGACUGAGAGACAGAAAGAAAAAGAGAGGGAAAUGGAGAGACUGAGUGAGAGGUGGGGGCCAUUCAAAGCUGUAGUGUCCAAAAUGUCCGCAGAUCCAGGAUGUGAGGUCACAGCCCCGGUCGCUGAGAGAGAGGGAAACAGCCCCGCACGUUCAUGAAUGUAUGUGCUGUCGUCUCCCCCAACAUCGAAACCUUUUUACAAACGCAAAGGCGAGUCAGUCACAAAAGCACUGUCUGAGAGAGAGAGAGAGAGAGAGAGAGAGAGAGAGAGACAUUUAACUAAGGGUCUAAAAUAUGGUACUGUUUUUUAUUUUUAUUUUUAUUUUAUUUUUUUGUGCCUCUUUGCCGGUUCGGUACUACGCAAACCCCCCAAAAUUCCUUUCAUCAUUUGUCGAGAAAAUGAAUCCUGUGCGCCAGUCGGAAGACGGGAUUACCUGCGUGAGCGAUUCAGAGAUGGCGGACACAACAGGACUGUCUCUAUCUUGAGAUGGCUUCCCAUAUGCAAACCAAGUGCUGCCGGGCACUUAAAGCAAGAAAAGAUGGCUUCCUCGCAGAGUUACCAUUGGAGAAACGCAGAAGGAACCCGGGUCUUUCUUUAAAGCCACCGAGAGGUUCUUCUUGUGGUUCGACAGUUCAUGUCGUUGCAUUCAUUUAUGGUUGAGUUUUAUUCAACCCCUCAGAAGUAUACAAAUGUUAGUGAUGUUUGUCUUACCCAUAUAAUAUGGUAUUUAGGAUAGCCAAUCUGUAUGUAUAAAAAAUGAAAAAAAGACAUGUAAAUCAAGUAUUUUGUGGUAAGUACAUCAAAAAAAAUUAAUUUUACACAUUGAAAAGUGAACGCAACAGAUGUUUCUAGAUAAUUAAAUACUGAACAUUCAUACUAUUUCUUUGUAUGAAGAAAUAAAUAAAAUAUAUAUUUUACCAAA